AUGAAUAGUUCCAAUAUUGAUACAACUUAUUCUCAAAACAUACAAAACUUGACUCCAGAUGAACGUCAACUACUUGUUAAAUUUACCUAUUCAUUUGAUAAAGAUCAACUUUUACCAAUAACACAAACAACGCUUCUUAAAAUUGAACCUUGUUUUAAUGUUAUUACAAUCGAAGAUGAAGUUGCUAAAAAUUUUUAUGAAAAUAAAUCACAAGUCAUUUCAAAGAAACAUGACAAAAAUGAAUUUAUAAAACAACGAACAUCAAGUGAAUCCGAUAGUUUUGAAAAUGAAAAUUCUUCUGAAUUUAUUAAAGAAAAAGAAACAACUCAUAAUAUUAUUGAUGGUAAACAUGUUAUUCAUGAUCAAUUAAAAUCUUCUUCAUCUAUAAAAUCUAUUUUAAAAAAAUCUCAAAUAAACAAAGAAAUAUCAGUACCGAAAAUAGAUCAAUUAUCAAUAUCUCGUUAUUCUUCUCUAUCAUCUUCAAAAAAUAAGCCGACAACAUCUACACGUCUUGAUUUUAAUCAAGUUCGAUAUCUUGCUGAACAAACAGCUAAACAAUAUUCUUCAUUACAUUCAAUUCAUUCUCGUUCUCAUUCUCGUUCUCUUUUCGAUCAAACAAUUAAUAUAUUUGAUCCAAAUUGUUCGUAUGACAUAGCAUCAAAUAGUUGUCGUCCAUUUCGAGUUCAAUAUUAUAUGAAACCCUAUAGAGAACAAACUAAUACUUCAACGAAUAUGAUGAAACAAAAAUCAAUAUCACUUUCACCAAAUCGUCUUGCACAACAAUCAGACAAAACUGAUCAUUCACAUUAUUUUUCAAAUGAAUAUAUUCGACCAUCAAAAAGACAAUUAAAUAGAAAACAACAUAUUUCAGAGUCACCUCUAAGAGAAUAUACUGAUCAAGGAAGAGAUUAUAAUAUUAUAACAACAAAUAAAAGGCAAAUAUCUAUUUUCAUUAGUACUUUUAUUUGUUUUUCAUUUAGAAAGAAAAAAUCUUCGAUCAAAGCUAAUUCUCCUUCAUUAUCGACACGUCCUUUUCUUUCAUUAAUUAAAUCUUGCCAACGAAAUAUUCCUUCAAUAAUAUCUACUUCUGUUCGUCAACGAAUUUCUCGAUCAUCUCAAUUUCCUUCUUCUUCUUCUUCUUCUUCUUCUUCUUCUUCUUUAUCAACUGAUUCAUAUAAUACUCCUUCUGCUAUUGAAUGUUCUCUCACAUCUAUUAAUCCAUUAUCACAACAACGUGAUUGUAAACGAGAAAAUGAAACUAUUUUAAAGUCUCAUUUACCUGAUACAAUAUAUGAACAUAAGAAAGAACAUGAUGAAAAGAUCCAACGAUAUGAUCGAUUAUUAGAAAAGAUGAGAGCUACCGAUGAACAACUUCAAUCAUUAUCUCGAUUAUGUAUAUGCAAUACGUUGUCACAAAGAACACAUGUCAGUAAUAAUUCUUUAUUUNUCUCUUCUAGAAUGUUAACAUUAUAA